AUGACAGGCUCAACCGCCGCUGCUUCAUUUGUAAGUGAACCAAGAGUGGACGAAAAACCAAGCGGAAACAACGACAACAACAGCGAUGCCAGUUUCGUAAAUGCUAGUGCUAAUGCAAAUUCAAACGUUUCUUGCUCGACGACAGACGCAUCUCCAGCGUCUUCGUCCGAUGCCCCAUCUCGCUCUCCUUCUCCGUCUUCUGGUUCAGUACACUCAAAAUCAAAAGUUGUCGAUGCACAUACAAACGGUAAUACUACAAAUAUUGGUUCGAAUCCUAACGUCAAUAGUCACAAUACGGUCUGCAAGAAUUGCUUCACGGUAACUACGCCGCUAUGGAGACGUGAUGAGAAUGGUGCCGUACUCUGUAAUGCAUGUGGGUUGUUUUUGAAACUUCACGGUAGACCGAGGCCAAUUAGUCUAAAGACAGAUGUUAUCAAGUCAAGGAAUAGAAAGGGCAAUCACAGUCAUAGUCAUAAUCAUAGCAAUACACCACCGUCGCCAAAAGGUACUCCAAACGGCGAUGAAAGGAAAAGAAAAUAUGACGAUCCCAAUAAACCAAAACCUAAGAAAGUCAAAUCUGAAGUCAAAGAGCCGCAAUUCGAAGGGACUGAAAUUACAAAGGCUGCGAACACUCUAGGAAAUAUCAAUCGCAGCUGCAAUGGCGUCAAUUCGCCAACUCUGUCGGCAUCCAACGCUCCAAGGCAAUUACCGCACCUUUCGACUCUUUUGGGUGAGGUUAGUCCACAACCACAACCGCAGUCUGUGCAUCCUUCUCAGCCGUUACAAAGAGGUGCUUCGCCCUUGCCACCCCCAGUGACCAUGCUAGAGUCAGCACGCUCGACGGUUUCUUCCCCCUCCAUGUUACCUCAAAAUCCAAAAGUAUACCAAAUGUCCUCUAUUAACGAUGUACUAUCGCCAUCACAUGCUGUGCAACAGCAGCAGCCAUCUUCAACCCCCGCAGAGGUACGAGGUCAUCUCUCGCCACCACCACCACCGCCACCCCAUCACCAGUAUCAUCAACCUCAACCGGCAUUUCUGCCAAUUGCUUUACCAAGAGUGAAUUCGCCACAGCCAAACCAACAGCAGCAGCAGCAGCAGCAGCAGUCACAACCGGUAUUGGAAACUCAGCUGCGAAAUGAAGAAGAAAUUAUAAGGUUACGGGCAAGGAUCAACGAGCUAGAACUAGUAACGGAUCUCUACAAAAGACACAUAUUUGAACUGGACGAGAAAUAUAAAUCUCUGCAAGAUGGUGUAGAUCAAAUCAAACAACAACAACAACAACAACAGCAGCAGCAGCAGCAGCAGCAGCAACAACAACAACAACAAAGUCAAUGA